AUGGGUUCGAUACAUGCGGAACGAGGAGUUGAUGUUUCACGCAGAUUUUCGAUUCAACCCGCGCCGCUGGGUUGUUCGUUGACGUCUCUUUAUGAUAUUGAAUUUUUUUCCGUUUCCUCUCCUUAUGUGAAUGCAGGCGAUACAUGCACCAACGGCAUCGAAGGCAUCGACGGCAACGGCGUGGUAUGCUGUCCGCUGGGCUGCGGGCGAUGUUCCGGGGAAGGGUGCACUGCAUUUGGCUCUGAGAACGGCCUCGGCGCCGAUUCCUGCUGCGGCAAUGCUAUCAAGGCUUCCGGGAGACUGUGCAGCGAAACCGGAUCAGCCCCUUGCAUUAUCGACGAAGAAGGGCCCUCGCCGACGCCGAGCUUCAGUGGCGGACAAUAUGGAGAGGAAUAUAGCGGAGAAGGAACAUACUAUGGUCACACGACGGCAGGCAUGUGCUCCUUCUUCGACGAUGUCCCGGAAAUGUACGAUGGCAUGAUUCCAGUCGCCCUCAACGCGGAGCAGUACGGCGAUUCGCUCAUGUGUGGCGCAUGUGUCGAGGGAACUGCCAGCGGCAGCGGCUCCGGCAACAACCCGAUCCCAUCCACGUUCAAGGCUUUCAUCACGGACAAAUGCCCCGAGUGCCAGAAGGGAGACCUCGACUUCUCCAUGUCCGGCGACGGGAGGUGGGACAUCGAGUGGAAGUUUGUCGCGUGCCCUGGAGAGGAAACGUCCUUCGUUUCUCCUUCCGCUAACCCUUACUACUGGAAGGUGCAGCCACGCGGUACCACGACUCCGGUGGUGAGCCUCACGGUUGACGGGCAGUCGGCCAUGAGGACCACCGACAACCACUUCGAAGUACACAACGACGGGGCCGCGUGGUCGGGCGCGCAGACGGUGGUGACGACGACCGUGUCAGGCGUCACGGAGACCGCAGAAGUGUCGUUUUAACGAGUAAGAACGUGGAUAAUUUUGCUGAGUAGGUCUAGGCAGCACGUCGUGGGAUUUGGUAGCACCACGAGGAAAAUAUUUGUCGGGUUUUUGUUGUGUUUCGAGAUACCCGUGUGAGCAUACAUGGAUUUGUGUCUCGAUGGGUUUUAAAGGAGUAAAAGGUCCCCAAUUGCACAAAACGUUACGUAGCUUAGGCGGAGUAUGAGGGGCUAGAGAAAAUGAAGAGAGGGGAAAACCAUUUAUUGUUGUGUAUUCGGUCUUCGUUUUAACUUCUUGACUCACAACAUGAAUUUUACUUCUGGAUGGUCGCUAGUUGCUGUUGAUGUCGAACAGCCCUAGACUAGACUGGCAGGUGCUUUCUCUAGGACCUGUUCGCCAUGAGGGCUAAUAUGUGUUCGGGCGUUCGCGCUCUACACCCUUUUUACUGCCCAUCACGCCCCUCUCGGUGCUCUUCACCGGCCAGUGAGAUUGUGUGGGUAGGUUGGUCGUUUUCUGUUGUCGUCGUUUUUGUUGCAGUCAAUGAACUGCUCUGUUUCAUGUUCUGGCCCCAGCUUGUUAAAUUCGGAGAAAGGGAAGGCCGACCAGAAGCUGGAUUUUGGAUAUUCUUGUGUAACCACUCGUGGAGACUAUCUUCCAUGGCGUUGGUGGUUUGCCCAUUUUACCAGAAGUGGAGCUCGUUGACUCCUGGGUGCUCCGUAGGUAGGUUGUUGCCAGCAGCGAUGAUUUGAUUCCGUCGUACCAAUGCGUUAGGAUAAUGCUACAGUGCAGGGAAUACUUUGUAGGGUGUGUAGAACAUGGCAUCUCACCUAGAGAACUUUCGAAAGGGUUCUUGUACAUAAAUAUCGGUGGCGAGAAAUAGCAAGGAAUGGAUCUAGAAGGGAGUGACUACCCCUUUCAAAGUGCGAGGCUUCUCCAAAAGUGUGAGGCUGUUCCAUGUUGGUCUGGUGGUCGGUAUUAUGCCGCAAUACAUCUAGCGCGAUGUCGGGGAGGCUUGCCGAGGUAGGCAUAAGAAGAUUAGGAAAAUUUACACGCCAAUGGAGAAAACAUCACACCAACUUUGGAUAGCGUUUGUACCGGGCCCCUGUAACCAGUGAACGUCUUAUUGUUUCUGCAGUUUUCUAUGUGCAGGUUGCAACUCCGGUACCUCAUUCGUAUGUUACAAAUGUUUUUGUAUACCCUAGGGUAUUCUAGUUCGUUUUUCUUAGCCAAGGCUGUAGUUGUUGUCCAAUACACGCUCUGUCGCCUCAUAGACCCCAGGUUCAUGCACACGGUGAUUUUGUUGCUCCGGAUGCUGAAAAUAUUCUGUGUGUGAUUUCGUUGGCUGUUGACCUCGGGGGGGUGUAGACGAGUACAGAAAUAAUUUUGUGUGAUGUGUACCAUGCUGAGCCUGCUGACAAUGUGGAACAAUUCUAACGUGCUUGCGUAAUUGUAGGUUUUUCGUUCGGAAUCCGUGUACAUAUAGCCAAAUCGAGAUAUUUUCAACGAAAGAGGAUGAUGAUGUCAUGUUGAUGGCUGGCGAUUUUGCUGGUGAUUUUUGGAAAUAUUCCAGACAAAGCUUCUGCUUCGUGACGGCUCCCAUACGUUUAGGCUACGGCUCGCGUGGAGCUGUGGGCACUGAAGGCUUAGCCCCUUUAUCAAAAGAACGAAGGACAUGAUACAUCAACUUGCCAAGAACGAUACGUUUGUUUUCACCUCUCUCUCCAAUCGAACCCGGUGGACGGGGUCACAGAUGAUUCCUUCUCUCGCAACAGGCCUUGGUGCUUUCGCAGGGUGGUCAGAUUGUGCUCUCUCUGCCCUCAUACCCCUCCCGCACCUUAUCUCAUCAUGUGGCGGUCCUCUGAGAAUGUUUGUAUGCUAUUUCACCAUACAGACACACAUGAACCCCAAACUGCGACAACCCUCUUAAGCGGGGAGCACGACUCAAUCAAAUAGAGUGUGUAUUGCCGAACAAUAUUAUUAUUGUACAAGAGUUUGGGGACCCCUCCCCUUGGAAGUGUCGACGCGGGGUCGAUCUGGGCAGGGGAGAGCCGGAGGCCGCGCGGAACGUGUUGCGAGAUCGAAAAGUACGGAGUACAUAGCACAACGCAGUCAGUGGUGGCAUGAAAUGAAGGACCGCUGGAGAGGGGAUUUGAAUACACAAUGUUUUUGAGUUGUUGGCGAUGUUUUCAGUUCGGUCGUACUUGACAACAGAGUGAGCGGCGGCGAGGGGUAUCUAUCUACAAUACACUAUUUGACAAAUGGAAUAAGCUUCCAUGGAGGAAGUCGUAAUUGGCUUCCAUGGUUUCUACCUCCUCUUCCAUGGAAAUUACUGUCUGUCACUUCCAUGGAAGUCAUCAAACCUCCAUGGAAGUCGAUAUUGACUUCCAUGGAAGUGACAGACAGUAAUUUCCAUGGAAGAGGAGGUAGAAACCAUGGAAGCCAAUUACGACUUCCUCCAUGGAAGCUUAUUCCAUUUGUCAAAUAGUGUAUUGUAGAUAGAUACCCCUCGCCGCCGCUCACUCUGUUGUCAAGUACGACCGAACUGAAAACAUCGCCAACAACUCAAAAACAUUGUGUAUUCAAAUCCCCUCUCCAGCGGUCCUUCAUUUCAUGCCACCACUGACUGCGUUGUGCUAUGUACUCCGUACUUUUCGAUCUCGCAACACGUUCCGCGCGGCCUCCGGCUCUCCCCUGCCCAGAUCGACCCCGCGUCGACACUUCCAAGGGGAGGGGUCCCCAAACUCUUGUACAAUAAUAAUAUUGUUCGGCAAUACACACUCUAUUUGAUUGAGUCGUGCUCCCCGCUUAAGAGGGUUGUCGCAGUUUGGGGUUCAUGUGUGUCUGUAUGGUGAAAUAGCAUACAAACAUUCUCAGAGGACCGCCACAUGAUGAGAUAAGGUGCGGGAGGGGUAUGAGGGCAGAGAGAGCACAAUCUGACCACCCUGCGAAAGCACCAAGGCCUGUUGCGAGAGAAGGAAUCAUCUGUGACCCCGUCCACCGGGUUCGAUUGGAGAGAGAGGUGAAAACAAACGUAUCGUUCUUGGCAAGUUGAUGUAUCAUGUCCUUCGUUCUUUUGAUAAAGGGGCUAAGCCUUCAGUGCCCACAGCUCCACGCGAGCCGUAGCCUAAACGUAUGGGAGCCGUCACGAAGCAGAAGCUUUGUCUGGAAUAUUUCCAAAAAUCACCAGCAAAAUCGCCAGCCAUCAACAUGACAUCAUCAUCCUCUUUCGUUGAAAAUAUCUCGAUUUGGCUAUAUGUACACGGAUUCCGAACGAAAAACCUACAAUUACGCAAGCACGUUAGAAUUGUUCCACAUUGUCAGCAGGCUCAGCAUGGUACACAUCACACAAAAUUAUUUCUGUACUCGUCUACACCCCCCCGAGGUCAACAGCCAACGAAAUCACACACAGAAUAUUUUCAGCAUCCGGAGCAACAAAAUCACCGUGUGCAUGAACCUGGGGUCUAUGAGGCGACAGAGCGUGUAUUGGACAACAACUACAGCCUUGGCUAAGAAAAACGAACUAGAAUACCCUAGGAUAUACAAAAACAUUUGUAACAUACGAAUGAGGUACCGGAGUUGCAACCUGCACAUAGAAAACUGCAGAAACAAUAAGACGUUCACUGGUUACAGGGGCCCGGUACAAACGCUAUCCAAAGUUGGUGUGAUGUUUUCUCCAUUGGCGUGUAAAUUUUCCUAAUCUUCUUAUGCCUACCUCGGCAAGCCUCCCCGACAUCGCGCUAGAUGUAUUGCGGCAUAAUACCGACCACCAGACCAACAUGG